UCCAAGAUGGAGGUCCAUGCAAGGAGCACCACCUUGCUGGAGCCACAAUUUCCUGCUCUUCAUCCCAACCUACAAGACCAAUUGGUGCCCCUCACAAUCUUCGACAAGGCCGCCAUGGAUUUCCCCAUAGCCAUUUUGCAUGCAUACCGUGCCCCUACACCCAGCAACGCCACCAUCACGGCCGCCCUCUCUCAGAUUCUCACCCACUACCCCCACCUCGCCGGCCGGCUAGUCGCCGACGACCAGCGCCGAUCUUGCAUGCAUCUCAACAAUGCCGGCGUGCGCGUCGUCGAAGCAGACAUCCAUGGAGACUUGGAAGAUCAUCUUCCUUUGGUGCCAUCCUUCGAGCUAACUGCUCUUCAUCCGAAGAUAGACCACGCAGAGGAGCUCCUACAGAUCCAGCUGAACCGGUUUGCAUGUGGGGGGCUGGUGAUCGGCCUCACGGUUCACCAUCAGGUAGGAGAUGGGCUCGCCAUAAGCCUGUUUCUUACCAACUGGGCGAGGGUGGCCAGGGGCCUGGAGGUGGACCCUGUGCCCCUCCAUGAUCGGGCCAUCUUUGUGCCCAGGGUUCCACCCAAGCCUCUGUUUCCUCACCAGGAUAUCGAGUUCCAUGAAUGCACCAGUCUGCCAAAGGCCCCUGGCUUAGUCGAGAACGUGGUUGCUCACUUCUCACCUGAGUUUGUAAAGAAGCUGAAAGAGUCCACCUCCUGUGCCGAUCUUGGUCAGCGGCCAUACAGCACAUUUGAGUGCGUUAUGGGACAUCUGUGGAGGUCUGUAACAAUGGCACGUAUGAACCUAGAAGGUGAAGUCACAGAACUGAAGCUGUCUGUCAAUGGGAGGGCAAGGCUGAAGCCUGGCGUUCCCAUGGAGUACUUUGGCAACUUGGUGCUGUGGGCAUUUCCGAGGCUGGAAGUGAGGGAACUGUUGAGUGGGGGACGCAUAGCCGCUAAGGCGAUAAGAGAGGCUGUUAUUCCGGUGGACGACGCCUAUUUCCGAUCGUUUAUCGACUUUGGGGCGACGGUGAAGGAAGGGGAGGAGGAGGGUGAGCUCAAGGCAAGUGUUCCUCCGAUUGGCUGCACAGUAAGUCCUAAUCUUGAGGUUGACAGUUGGUUGAGGUUUCCAUUUAGUGAGAUAGACUUUGGUGGGGGAGGGCCCUGUGCUGUUGUUCCGGCUUGGUUACCUGUGGAAGGCUUGGUGGUGUUGAUGCAAAGCCUGGAAGAGAAAGGUGGGGUUGAUGCAGUGGUGUCCCUUUCUGAGGAAGCUGUUCCUCUUUUCAGGAAGAUCUACCAUGAGAUGGAUUAAAAAUGGUUGCAGGAGAAAUCUGGAACCAGCCGAAUGCAAGCAAGCACAACAAAUGGCUAAUAAGUUUUCUUAGAAGUUUUUCUUUUCUUGUUCUUUAUUUUGAAUGAAGUUUGACAUAUAGACAUGCCCAACUUGU